AUGAAAGGCGAUAUCAACCCAGCGCAGGCGCUGAGGAAAAAAGAAAAAGCCAAUCAGAUCAAGAAAGCCAAGGCCGAGCGAGCGUCGCAGCGAACCGAGCGACUCGGCCAGCGAAGUACUUUCUCUCUUGAAAGAAAAAUCAAAGAACUGGAAGAGAAGAAAGCGGCACAGGGAAGUCUACCGUCUUUUGAAGAAAGAAAACUGGAAUCAUUACGAAAUGACUUGGCAGACGUUGAACGAGCAAAGAAGAAGCUUGGCUCAGAAGACUCAGAUCAAACGUCUUACCGAGACAAUAAUCGAGACCACACCAAUCACAAUCGAGAACGAGGGUCCCAGACCAACUAUCCUGGAAGCAAAAGCAUAUUCUGGGACCCCCUUCUCAAUCCCUCAGGCCAACCACCCAAAGGCUACAAGUACCAGCCACGACCAUGGUUCAACCCCUCAGAAGACGACGAUUCUCAGCAAGAACCCAUCGACUCCGACCUACUGAAGAUCCCCUUCCCACCAGGACCCCUCCCUCCAAUUGGCGUCCGACCGAAGUCACAAACUCUCCACUCCACCACCUCAACUGCCACUCCAUCAGCAGCCCCAGCUGUCCAAACAACCUACGAAUCCGCACCUGUUCUCCGCGAUCUCGUCAAAGAAAGCACUCUCCUAGUCCCCUCAGCGGUCCAGAAAAAACGCAAACUCGACCCCACCCCUUCUACCGCUUAUAAAGUGACCCUCGAGGACGUGGAAGACGAGUGA